UAUCUUGACAUAAUCAAAUGGAGACCCGAUUGGGGAACAUUCUACGAUUGUGAUCCGACAGACUUCCACGGGACCGACAAGCAGAAGGCUCUCGUUUUGGGAGGUGAAGCAGCUUUGUGGGGAGAAUACGUGGACGGGACGAAUCUUAUGUCUCGCAUGUGGCCCCGUGCUUCUGCUGUGGCUGAGCGGCUAUGGUCUAAUCCAGACGAGACGAAAUCAAGUGAUAAGGCUUGGCCACGUCUUCACGAGUUCAGAUGCAGAGUGAUGAAUCGAGGCUUUGCUGCGUUACCACCGAAUGCUCCUGACUACUGUCCAUUUGAGUGGAAUCCAGUAUACAAGGAGCUUUGA